UCAGCGUCACCAUCAGCCCACAGUCAGUCGCUCUGUGCUGGGUCUACAGGCGAGGAGUGUCCCCCCUAAUGCUCGGGGUAACUCAACAAGAAGCUAUGGAUUAUUUUGUGCGCGUUUCUCUCGGUUUUUGAAGCCAUUUUGGAUCCGUGAAGACUUCUCGGAAGCGGUGCAGGACUUCCCCAAUACGAGAACUCGCAGCCGUUAGCUUCACGUUAUUAAGUGUUUGAAAUCGAGCCAGUGUUGCUGUUAGUCAGUCUGAUAGCUGGUUGCAGCGGGGGCAUUUUACGUACUGUCUGGACUGAAAUAAUUCAAACUCGAUGUAUAGGCUGAUAAAUCACUCUAUACCUCACUCGAUAGUUAGCCCACUGAGGCUAGCAGGUUUCAUUUUGCUAGCUAGCGUGGCGGCUAACUAACUAGCAGAUCUCGAUAUUGCCAGCAGGCUAAAGCAAGUUAGCCCCCCCAAGAUUAGGUCCUCACACCCUCUCAGUCGGACUGGAGUCGGUGUUAAAGCUCUUAAGGCGUUAAACUACAUCUGUAAGGACGACGUUUUUUUGUGAUUGAUGAGCCGUUAGGGAACAUUUCAGCCUUACAGGAAGCCAGCAGCAGCUGCAAGAGAAGGAGGAGGAGGACGGCAACAUAAACAACAAGACGCGCUGUGAAGAUUUUAUGGAGUCCUGAACGCGGCUGAGAGAUUUGCAUUUUUGCUGCAAACAGGCAGAAAUUAAGGAGCUAGAGGUGGCACCUUAAUGAUACUCAUUUCAGCCUAACUCCUCCCUGAUUUCCUUCUUUCCUGGAGCACGUGUCGAUGUUUUAUAGCUGUAAAGCAGGUUUUCUGCUGUCACCGUGCAGCCUCUCAUAUUAGUGAGCGCUGUGUUUACAUUUUAAAGACACUGAGGCACAUGCAGCAGUGGAGAAAGACCAGUCAUUUGGACGGAGAGUCCCUCUAGAGACCUGUAGGAUUUGACAGCUGUCUCCAGAAUCCAGCAUCUGGUACAUCUCUUUGAGAUAUAUCACGUUACAAAGCGAGGAAGCCUCAAACGAGAUCUCCCUUGGCCUUUUUUUCUUGCAGUGUUUUUCUCACUGCAUGGAGAAACCUGCAUUUCUGCACUAAAUGGGAUUACAACGAGGGAGAUCCAGCGGCCCUGCAUGGUGACUGUGUGUUAUUUCUGCAGUAACCUGUCACCCAAAUGUCUCCCCUCCUGAAUUUCCUUCUUUCUGUCACAAUGAUGGUAGUUUGAGGGGAAGAAGAGCAAGCAGAGACAACGACACCAACCAUUCCAGUCGAUGGUCAGCCCAGCCGUGCACAGCUGGCCCCUUGUCACGCACCUUCACCAAUUCAUGUUGCUCUCAUCUGGUGGUUGUUUUUUAUAAUCCCCCCCAAACCAGAACCCAUCCCUGGUUCGCUUAUUUUAUUGAUUUGGUCGUCCCAGGGUCGAAAGAUGGCGGACCUCGAAGCAGUGCUCGCCGAUGUCAGUUAUUUGAUGGCGAUGGAGAAGAGCAAAUCUACUCCAGCAGCCAGGGCGAGUAAGAAAAUCAUCCUGCCAGAGCCCAGUAUUCGCAGUGUGAUGCAGAAGUACCUCGAGGAGAGAGACGAACUGACGUUUGACAAAAUAUUCAACCAGAAAAUUGGUUUCCUCCUGUUCAAAGACUUCUGUAUGAACGAGAUCGACGAGGCCGUGCCGCAGCUCAAGUUCUACGAAGAAAUUAAAGACUACGAGAAGCUGGACUCCGAGGACGAGAGGGUGAGCCGCAGCCGGCAGAUUUACGACGGAUACAUCAUGAAGGAGCUGCUGUCCUCUUCACAUCCUUUUUCUAAGAAAGCAGUGGACCAUGUGCAGAGUCAUCUAAAGAAGAAGCAGGUUCCCCCCACCCUCUUCCAGCCCUACAUAGUGGAGAUCUGUGACAGCUUGAGAGGAAAGAUCUUCCAGAAGUUCAUCGAGAGUGACAAAUUCACUCGUUUCUGUCAGUGGAAGAACGUGGAGCUCAACAUCCAUCUGACCAUGAACGACUUCAGCGUGCAUCGGAUCAUCGGCAGGGGCGGCUUCGGAGAGGUGUAUGGCUGCAGGAAGGCCGAUACAGGAAAGAUGUACGCCAUGAAGUGUUUGGACAAGAAGAGGAUCAAGAUGAAGCAGGGAGAGACUUUAGCGCUCAAUGAGAGAAUCAUGCUGUCAUUAGUCAGCACAGGGGACUGCCCGUUCAUUGUGUGUAUGACAUAUGCCUUUCACACCCCUGACAAGCUCUGCUUCAUCCUGGACCUCAUGAACGGGGGCGACCUGCACUACCACCUGUCUCAGCACGGUGUGUUCAGUGAGAAGGAGAUGCGUUUCUACGCCGCUGAAAUCAUCCUGGGUCUGGAGCACAUGCACAACCGCUUUGUCGUCUACAGAGACCUCAAGCCAGCUAAUAUCCUGUUGGAUGAGCACGGCCAUGUUCGGAUCUCCGACCUCGGUCUGGCCUGCGACUUCUCCAAGAAGAAACCCCACGCCAGCGUUGGCACUCAUGGCUACAUGGCUCCUGAGGUCCUUCAGAAGGGGACGGCGUACGACAGCAGCGCCGACUGGUUCUCCUUAGGCUGCAUGCUCUUCAAACUCCUCCGAGGGCACAGUCCCUUCAGACAGCACAAGACCAAAGACAAACACGAGAUUGACCGCAUGACGCUCACCAUGAAUGUGGAGCUGCCAGACUCGUUCACUGCAGAGCUCAAAGAGCUGCUGGAGGGCCUGCUGCAGAGAGACGUUUCCAAGAGGCUCGGCUGUCAGGGCCGGGGGGCCCCGGAGGUGAAGGAACAUCAGUUUUUCAAAGGCAUCGACUGGCAGCAGGUUUACCUCCAGAAGUACUCUCCUCCUUUAAUCCCUCCCCGGGGAGAGGUGAACGCCGCAGACGCUUUCGACAUCGGCUCUUUUGAUGAGGAGGACACCAAGGGCAUCAAGCUGCUGGACAGUGACCAGGAGCUGUACAAGAACUUCCCCCUGGUCAUAUCAGAGCGCUGGCAGCAGGAAGUGGCCGAGACGGUCUACGAGGCCGUCAACUCGGACACGGACAAGAACGAAGCUCGCAAGAGAGCCAAGAACAAGCAGCUUGGCCACGAGGAGGACUACGCUCUGGGUAAAGACUGUAUAAUGCACGGAUACAUGCUGAAGCUGGGGAACCCGUUCCUCACCCAGUGGCAGCGCAGAUACUUCUACCUGUUCCCCAACCGUGUGGAGUGGAAGUGCGAGGGGGACACGCGGCAAAACCUGCUGACGAUGGAGCAGAUCGUGACGGUGGAGGAAACGCAGAUUAAAGACAAGAAGUGCAUCCUGCUGCGCAUCAAAGGAGGGAAACAGUUCGUGCUGCAGUGCGAGAGCGACCCGGAGUUCGUGCAGUGGAAGAAAGAGCUGACCGAGGCGUUCACAGAAGCUCAGAAGCUGCUGCGCCGCGCCCCCAAAGUCAUCGGGAAGGGCCGUGCCGCCGUGGUGGAGCUGUCCAAACCUCCGCUCACACACCGCAAUAGCAACGGCCUGUGAAUCGACAAACACACACCUGUCUAUGUACAAAUAUCAACACACACCACAGAUUAACACACACAGACACACUGCACCUGCCCUCCCUCCUCCUCAACCAGCUGCAGGACGUUUGACAUCUCCCCAAGCCCCGCCCACGACUGACGCCUCGCAGUGUGACCACCAGCCUCUUACACACAUAAACACACACGCACACACAAAUCAACAUGACGACCAAUCAUAGUUUUUUUUUUUUUUCACCAUGGGACCUCGCCAGUUCACCGAGAGGAAGACGAGAAACAUUCGGGGAGGACUGAGCAUGUGAAGAAACCUCUGCAUGAAUGUGACGUCCCUGUGUCUCUCUGUCCCCCUUCCCUCCCUCUCUCCCCCCUCUGACCCCCUCUACUUGGACCACCGCCUCACCUGGACCUGAGAGACUUGAAACGUUUGAUCUUCCGGUGUGUCCGAGGCCAUGAUAUCAGGAAAAGGCCACGUUCAUACGGCGGCCAUGUUUCAGUGAAGUCACGCUCAGUGUGGUAAACUCAGAUAUUUCUAUUGUGUCGUCUGGUAAGCUUCAAGGUUUUUAGUCAUAAAAACUUUGAGAAUCAAACAGAUGUCUACUUUUUUAUGCUUUCUGAUUAAAAAGCAACGGCAAAGACAAAAGAUCCUGAAUAUCUAGAGAGAUCAGACCACAUUUCACCCUAAAAACAUCAAAUAAGCUGCCAUCAGAUCAGAGCUAGAAGCAGAGCAUCAUUUUCAUGCCCUGCAAUGAAUCUAUGGUAAAGUGCAUCGUCUCUAGUAAUUAAAAUAAAACUCAAUUAAACGAUUUAGAAUAGAUUUUUUCUAACCUGAGGUAAAACACUGGCUUUAUUUAUGCUUACUACUAAAAUUAUUCAUGCAGCUCUAGCUUCAAGUUCCAGUUUUGGAACAAAAUGAGUCAGCUGAGGUGGUUUGGGCGUAUGAAUAUUUCAUAUUUAACAUGACACAGCUCACUCUCUCAUGCAUUAACAGGAGAGGUGUAAAAGUGCUGGACUUUUUUUCUUCAGCAGCUCACUACAGAUAGUAAAGAUGUUUAAAAAGGUUUAGAAAAAGCACUUCAGCCCAUGUUAUUUAUUACACACUCUGGUUAACAGUCUGGGUAGGAUGCAUGAAGGAAACGUCACCUGCAAGAUGCAGAAUUAGAAUAAAAUACUCACCUUGUGAUUUCAUUGCUGCAGCCUUGCAGUACCCUCAUGUUUUCCCUCAGAAGUGUCUGCAAAUUUAGGAACAUUGCAGACAUCUCUGUAGUGUAGGUGUAAAUGCACCACAUCAAACAACAACAUCAGGGAGUAAUUCAGAAAUCAUUAGACGUCCACAGUCCCAUGAAAAUAGGGCUUCACUCUGAACUUCUGCUUUUACCUUUUAAGCCCCAAAAUGUGUCUCAAGAUUAACACUCUAUUUAAUCUCGGACAAUUUAAGAUCAUGAUCCCAAUGUGACUGUUUUUACUGAGAAUCAUCAUGUCUUGGUUACUUUAAAUUUUCUUAUCUCAAGUACUUAGUUUCUAGUUCUCUGCCUUCAAAAUAAAAGCCGUAGGUCUCAUUGGAAUCAAUGGAAUCUAAAGAGCAGAAAAUUCAAAAUAAGUGGAUGCUUUGUGAUGCAGAACUACAUCUGCUCUGCUUGAACACUCAACAAUGCAUAGCACCAAACUUUCUUUACUCUGCCUUCAAAAUAAAAGCGCGAACAUUCAACAGUGCAAAGCACAUAACUUCCUUUGCAUCACCUUCAAAAUAAAAACAUUAGAUGUCAUAGUUCACUGGAGAAAAUGGAUUCUAAAGAGCAGAAAAUUAGAUAUUUAUUGGAUGCUAUGAUGCAAAACUAUAUCUGAUGCUCUGCUCAGACAAAGUCAACAACAUAAAGCACCAAACUUCCUUUCCCCUGCCUUCAGAAUAAAAGUACUAGAUGUCUUUUUAAGGGAAAAAGUGAAAUCUGAAAAGUACAAAAUUAGAUAUUUCAUGGUUGCUUUGUGAUACACAACUAUAUCUGAUGCUCAGCUUGGACUAAACAUAAAUGCAGCCACUGAGUUUUACAUCAGGCUUAAAUAAAUCUGUUCCUAAUGAACAUUAAUAUUUUAACUUUCAUUUCUGUGGUUAUCAAACAGAAAUGUUAUUAAAGGAAGUGACUGAGACCUCAUAUUAGCUUUGAUCUAAUGGUAGCUAACAGGUAAUUAAACGUGUUUAUCAACAUGAAAUGUGGUCCUCUCUCUGGAUUUUUAGUACUCAUCGUCUUUGUGGUCACUUUUCAGUCAGGAGACGAUAAAAUUAAACAAAAGUCAUCAGAAUCUCCAUGUUUGAUGACACUGGAAUAUGUCAGUAUGAGAUGAUAAACAACGUUUGAGCUUCCCACCAUGAGCAUGACGUCACAGGAAGGUGGCGGCCGUGGGAAUGUGGUCCAUCAGCUGGUGGAGGGGGGGAGGAAUAAAAACAAAAGAAGAAGAGGCUGCUGACUUGUGCUCCUCACCCCUCCAUCUCCUCACCCCCCUCCUCGUGUUACUGAAGUGCGUAAAGUGCCAACAUGGAUUUUUACUUGAGUCACCUGAAGCACCGGGGGGAGCCGCUCGGUGGUCGUGAUGGACGGGGAGGGGGAGGGCGGGUUCGAUCAUUCCAAUGCGGACAAACAGGAACUCCGAGAAACCACAGACUCGCUCUCAUUGGCUCCUGUACAGCCAGUUACCAUAGAGACUGGGAUUCCAUUGGCUGGCGGAAACAGCAGCCGGUUGCUAUGGUAACCGUAGGACUGGUUUAGAGGGAGAGGGAGGGAGGAGGAGGAGGAGGAUGGGGGGAGUGUAUAUAAGAAAAGCCUUUCUCUGUGCAUCUCCAGUGUUGUAGUCCGACGUGUUUGGACUUCUCUGUCUCUCUGUGUGGAUCUGUCGGGGGAGGAGGGGGGAGGCAGGAUGAGAGGUGGAAGUCUGACAGCUUUGAGUCACUCACAGCGCUGUGUUACCUCAGCUGGACUGUGUCAGGAUUUCUUUAGGGGCCAAAUUUAACGCUCUCUGCUCGUACGCGUCUUCGCAUCGCAGCUUUCGGAGAUUUCAUCAUCCUGCUCGGUUCUAAUCGACCUACAAUCAUCGCGUUCCUGCCACGGCGGUCUGCAGGGAGGGGCGUAGAUUUAACAAAUCAAACGUCAGCGCUUCACUCUGACUGUUAGAGAAGUUUUAAACGCUUUUUCUGUUGUGGAAGGGUUGAAAAUGUUUACGCACUCACAGCGUGCCCUAACAGCAAGCACCUUUGAUCAAAUCAGCUUCAUUUAUUUCUUUUGAGAGUGUCCUAAUGGCAUCUGACGCCAGCGCAGGGUUCAUUUUAGAAGCUAGAUUUAAUGCCUUUAAGUUUUAGCUGCAUUUUAAGUUGUUUUAACUCUUUAGAGUUUUGGUUUACAAAAACUCAGACAUUUUUAUCCUGUUUUAGUCAAUAAAAGUCCUCACAUAUUAGCCUUUACUUUGAGUAAAGGUAUUUAGUUUUAAUCUAAUUUAAUCAGCAAAACUGUAAAAUGAAUCUGAGUGUUAAGCAGAACUGUCAAGUGCUUUAAUUGAUUUAAAAUAUACUGAUGAAAAUACUGACAUACCUUGAGUGCACAGUGGAGAAAUUUCAUGAUGUCUGAGAGUUAGUGCUGCAGAAUUUGGUAGUAAUGGGUGAUUGCAAUUAUACUGGACUACAUUGCAAUUUUCAAUUAUUACAUUAUCAUUAUUAGGGCUGUCAGUCAAUUAAAAAAAUACUUAAUUAAUUUCAGACUUUGCAAUUAUUGCAAUAAAUUGCAAAUUUGAGAAAGAUGAAUUUCUGGUAACAAAACAAUCAGAAAGGAUUCUGAAUGGCAUCUAAACUCUCCACUAGUGUUUGAAACAAAGAGAAGAGACUGAGGGCAGAUCGUCCACUCACUAGUCAAACUAGGAUGCUGUUGAUCUGUAGAAUAUGGAUUUUAUCCAUAAAAUUAUAAAGAAUUAAGAGCACAGAGAAUUUUCAGGUGUUCCAGUUGAAGCUACUUUAGCUGGUUGUGCAGUGGCAUCAAGUUCCAGAUUGGCCCCAAUACCAAACAAAGAAUCUGAUUGAACAAGCCAUUAAAUAAGAGUAUGCAGACAUUGCAUUUCACUCCAGCUGCAAGUGAAAGUGGGAAAUUUAGCAGCAUUUUGCAUGGAAAUUAACCUGAGUUUACUCACUGUAAUGGGGAAAGGGGUACACACAUUCAUGACCUACUGAAAACAGCUCUAUGACCUACUUUUGGGUCCCGAUCCACCAGUUGAGAACCACUGGUGUGGAGGAUAUCAUCUCUGCUGCAGAAUUUGUGUUAAAAAUUGCAUUAAACUGCUAUUUUGACACAUUGCUAGUUAAAGAAAAAUACAAAUUUUGAUUGAUUGUUCAGCCUUAGUUUAUUGUGACUUUCCAUUUUUAUCCAGUUGCUGCGUUUAUAUUUUUCUUUCUGUUGCUCGUAUCGUCGUAUGAGAAAUUAUCAAAGCAGCGGGAGAGUCUUACAGGACUAUUUUUUAUCUUUUGCUCUCCUCAUGUAGCAGAGGUUGCUACCUUUUUAUCCCAGUUAAAGCUAGUGGUGCAUAAAUCAUAUCCAUAUCACAUUUGCCAUGUUGUGCUGACUCGUGUUAACACAGAGGCAAAAUUAUCAGGCUUCCUGCUGUCAAAGGCAUACCUAUAAAAGCACCACGCUUGUGUUUAUCAUCUUACAAAAUAAAAUCACUAUAUAUCAAACUCUAGAAGAGCCAAACUAAAGAGAAGUGAAUAUUUAAAAGGCAGCAUUCAAUGCUGCACGAUGUGAAGGACACUUGCUGUUAGGACACGCUGUCAUGUUUCAACCUGCAUGGACCCAUAAAGAUGGAAUACAUUUCCCAUAAUCCCCUUGCAGAAAAAGCUCAGGAGCAAGUUAAAGCAGAGCAGUAAGAAGUUUUCCAAAAUAAAGUUGCACACUCAGACUAGAGCUGCAGAAUCGUCGUUACUGACUGUUCAUGAGUCGUUUGAUUUUCACAGUGAACUGGAAGCCUUUUAUAUCAACCCUCCGGCUCCACGUGAUGAUUUUAGAGCUUUUCUUUUAUUGGACUGAGCGUCCACAAACCCAGAGAAGUCAGGUUCACUGUAAAUUGUGACAAAGAAGCCUCAAACCCUCACACGUAUGAAGCUGCAGCCAGGGAAUCGGUCUGCCAUUCCUGCUUGCAAAAAAUCACAAAAAUCAGUCAUUUCUGUUAUGAAAAUAGUUGCCAAUUCUUGUUUUUGAUUGAUUGCAUUGAUUGGUUGUUGCAGGGUAAAGGUCAGUGUUGUUUUUAAAGAGAGCCAAAGCAGAGUCUGGUUUUACUAGCCUGCAAAAACACAUUUAUUAUUUCAUAAAGAAGGGUUUUCUCACUCAGUACGUUUACAUGCAGUUAAGGCGAGCUAUGCUUACCAUCCACAGGUGGAGGUGUGACAUUUAUCAUUUGCUGAUCCUGCAAAAUACCGGGUUCAUAUCAUAUUUUUAUCUACACAACUGGUUUACAACUUUUCUUUCCAAGGAAUACCUCAGAUCAAGCCAAAACCUCAAGGUUUAUCAUAUUUAUAUCCAUGCCAAACAGCCUCUUUUGCAGAUAUAACAGGAUAUUUACUUAUUUUGCAGAUGUAGUGAUAACAUAUGGUUGUGCAAAUUCCUACAGUGUGCCUAGACAUGCUUCAAGGAUCACCGUUUCACUGUUCCAGCCUUUAUCUUGGUUUAGUGCAUGCUUUCCUUUAGCUCAUUGGUUCCCAACCUAGGUGCCAGGACCCCUGAAGGGCGGCACAAAGAUCCCAGACUUUGUCUGCUUUAAGUUUUCAAAAUGGGAACCACACAAGUGAACUAAAAUCAUGAUAAAGCACCUGUUUCAUACCUGAUACAAAGGCCUUUUUGUAGUAAAAACCUUAAGAACUACCUUCUUUGGGUUUAUCGAUGAAAUUUCAUAUCAGUGUCAAUUCUCUCCCCCUAUGAUUGGACUCUUUUCUGAGAUCAUAUUUGGGGCAUUUUGGCCUUUAUUUGAUAUGACCGCUGAAAAGAGACAGGAAAUAAGGGGACAAACGAUGUGCAAAAGCAUGCACCAAACAUGCUCAGAGACCAGGAAUUGAUUACAACCGGUGCGUUGAGGGCUGUCGCCUCACUACACGGACUCCUGCUCCAACCACUGAGCUAGACUGGCACCGAACAUAUCACGCUUUUAUCACAUGGGUCUGAAGGGGGCUCAUCUUUGCUUGGAUUCAUGUAGAAGGGCUCCAAGGAGAAGCAAAUGUGCUAUCCUUAACAUCCUCCACAUUGCCUUGCAUGCAAACAGCUGGGUAUGCACAGGCUCAUUCAUGCUCUACGUUUGAAACGGGUACAGACCUUUCUGUCCAUACAGAUAGAGACCAAACGUUGUAGUACCACUGCCAAACAUGAGGGCAGCAUUGAGCAAUGUGGCCAACAGUUCAGCCAAGAGUAAAACGAAGAAGAAUCAUCGGAAAAAAGGCAGAACUUAUUUGAGUUUUCUGCAGAAAUAUCGCCAAAUAUUGACUAAGUUGUUAAAAAAAUCCAAACAUAUCCAUGAUAUGAGCUCCCCUGGGCACAGACAGAAAGAGCACAGGACAGGCCGUUCUCUCUCAGUCAUUUUUAGCCCCCAACAGCGAGAUUGAUCCUUCUAUCGCAGCCAGCCACAAGGGGGUGAUUGACAUAUUUUUGGGGCUGAAGUUUGUGUUUAACAUGCAUCAGAUUUGCUAGUAACAGCUGAUUGGUGGAUUUUUUUAAAAAACAGAUGAAAUAUUACGUCAAUUUUUUAUUUAAUUUUUUUUGGGCAUGUAGGGAGUUUAUAAAAACAAUAGAGCUAAACAGAUUUCUUCCUCUGCACAUUUUCUGAAUGCACUAGUGUUCUAGGGGCCUAAUGUGGCCCCAGGACCCCCAGUUGGUCUAUGGGACAGAUGGAGUGGCUGUAAAAGAGACGGAGACCUCUAGUGGUUGUUAAUGUCUACUCUAACAUAACAGACAAGUAUGAGGGCGAUGAAGAAUGUAAAGGUAACCAUUAAAAGCCUGAUAUCUCCAGAAAGUUCUACAUUUUGUUUAUUAAACCUUCUAACAAGAUCCAUUGAAAGAAGAAUUCCUUAAAAGUUUACUUUUUUAAUUACUUUUGAUGCAUGAGGUUUUUUUAGCAGAUAAUUCACUAGAGGGCAUUUUUAUCAUUUAUCAGAUUGUAAACCAAAGGAUUUUCAGGACAUUUUUGAUCAGAUUGAUUAGGUAAAGGUCUCACAAAACUUGGCUUUAAAGCAGGGGCGUCAAACUCAAUCACCACAGGGGCUGGAUUCUGGAUCCAGGUCUAACCUGAAGGCCUAACAGGGUCCACUUUUAACCAAACUGUCAACCUCAUUUUUUCACCAGUGAUAAAUUGAGAUU